UACUUUUUUUUUUCCACCCGGUAUUCAGAGCCUAUUAUUGGAGUUUCAACUAAAUUCGGAUUGCGCUCUGCACAACUCUUUUGGGGUGACGCUUCCAACAUGAUUUUCUUUCUAUCUAGGACUCGAAUCCAAAACCUUGAAUUAAGGGCGAAACACUCUCAACCAGUGCACCACAAUCAUAUUAAUCAUAUUUUUUUUAUUUAUAAUAUAAUUAUAAAAUGAUAUGAAGAUAAAGAGAGAUUUUGGUCCCGUUAUAUUUUUAAUAUAUAAUUAAAAAAACAAUUCUAAGAUAAAGAGAGAUUUUGGUCCCCCAUUUGAAGACAAAGGAAAAAGACAAGAGGACAGUUGAAGAGAGCGUUUUAUUUCAAAUUUAGUCGAGCUCUAAUAAAAAUAUCGUACAUCAGAUAUAAAACUAAAUUAAAUAAAUAUAUAAUAUUCUAUUCGUCAAUGAAAUCUCCUUUGUUUGUUAUUUAUAGAAGACCAUUAUCUAUGUACAAAAUAAAUCAAACACACACCAAAAUUAUCCAAGAAAAAUAAUGGAAAUUUUGAUUUCAAAUUGGUCAAAUGUUGAAUUUGUACCUAAAAAGUAUAUUUUCCCACUAGAUAGAAGACCAGGAAAAAUUAAAUUUCCUGUUUGCCAUGAUAUACCACUCAUAGAUUUGGCUAAUAAUCAUCCAAAUGAUGCAAUUCAACAAGUUAUUAAAGCAUGUCAAGAAUUUGGAAUAUUUCAGGUGAUAAAUCAUGGAGUAUGUGAAAAUCUAAUGGAUGAUACAAUGAAUAUAUACAAGGAAUUCUUCAAAUUGCCUAGUGAAUACAAGGCAAAAUUUUACUCAAAUGAUAUAAACAAAAGCUGCAGGUUAUGUUCAAGUACAUUAGCAUAUGAUACUGAAGAAUUUCACUAUUGGAGAGAUAAUUUUACUCAUCAUUGCUAUCCUUUAGAGGAAUACAUUAUGACUUGGCCCAAUAAGCCCACCAAGUAUAGAGAAGUGGUAAGUGAGUAUUCAAUAGAAACAAGGAAGCUACUAUACAAGAUUUUGGAUAUGAUAUGCAAAGGAUUAGGACUAGAGAAAGGUUAUUUUGAAGGUGAAUUAAGUAAAACAAAUGUGAUAUCUGUGAAUCAUCAUAUUCCAUGUCCAAAUCCAAGUUUAACACUAGGAAUGCCAGUACAUUCUGAUCCAAAUCUCAUAACAUUGCUUCAACAAUGUAAUGUUCCUGGACUUCAAAUACUUAAAGAUGGCAAAUGGAUUGGUGUUCAACCUAUUCCUCAUGCUAUAGUUGUUAUUCCUGGUCUACAAUUGAAGGUAAUAAGCAAUGACAGGUUCAUAACUCGAGUUCAUCGUGUGGUGACACACGCAAAAGAGGCUCGAACCACAAUUGGUGUAUUUCUCGGUCCGUCACCCAAGUCUUUAAUAAAACCAGCCAUUGAUUUGGUUUACACUAAAUCGGAGUUUAGAACCUUUACUUAUCCAGAGUUCCUCGAAGCAUUUACUGCUGGGGCUAAAUGUGAUGCCGAAUUUGCCCUCAACCAUUUUAGAAACAAAACUUAGCUUUUAGUUAUCUUAAUGGAAAAUUGUUGUAAAAAAAUAAUAUGGUGGGUGGUACUAUAUCUAUGGUCACAUAAUUAGAAAAAUUGUCCCAAAAAAAAUUUAUGUAUAGUUUUUUUUUUACCUUAUGUUAUAGCCUUGUUAAUUGUUGCAAAAUUGUAUCUAUAGUCUUGGCUCAUGUAAAACCUUGUGAUGUACUAUAUAAUAUAACACUUUGGUUGUGUU